GUUCAUACAGCUGAACAUCAAUGGUUUGAACGUACCUGAACGAAAGACCCAACUGGUACAGCUACUACAAAGGAAGCAGUAUGAUGCCGUUUUUCUCCAAGAGUCCAAGCUCGGUUCAAGGAAUAAAGACCCUAUCAUCAAUGGUUAUACUUUGAUCAGAUUAAACAGACCUAAUGCUCUCAACCAUCGAAGUGGUGGGGGUCUGGCCAUCUACAUCAAAAAUGGUAUAUCCCAUAGUGAGGUUCCUCUGAAAACCAUCGCUCCUCUGGAGGCACAGGCGGUAUCCUUUACCGACAAGUCAAAGGUUUUUUCUAUCGUUAAUAUUUAUCGACCCGAAGUCAAAGGCAAACCUCAACGAUUCAGUGAAUAUCAGUAUGUUUACGAUCAGCUGCCCGGGACCGACAAUAUUGUGCUUGGUGAUUUUAACGCCAAACACGUAUUGUGGGGCUCGCCAACAACUGACACUAAUGGUAGACAAGUUGCUGAGUUCAUUGAGGCCAAUGACCUG